AUGGCACGCUUAACAUACUUGGAAGCAAAGGCCCAUUAUUUCACCGACGAAGACAUCCGUGUUGGUCUUGUUCCUAGGAACACUGCAGAAUUUAUGGCAAAUAUUUCAAUUAGAGAGCCACAAGUUCCUCAGCUCAUAUCCAUAGACUCAGGAAGCAACGUCGUGUGGGUUCAACGUCUUCCUUGUACAAAGUGCCUUGAACAAACAAGUCCAAUUUUUUACCCUUCCAAGUCUUCAACAUACACCCAAUUUCCAUGCUCAUCCUCCAAUUGCACAAUUAACGAUGACAAAUGUGACCCCUCAAAUAAUUACAAAUUCUCUCGCAGGUAUGCUGGUGGUAGCAUUGUAGACGGACUUGUUGGGACUGAAAAGUUCACCUUCGAGACGUCUGACGAAGGCAUUAGCACCGUACCGGAUGUUGUUUUUGGUUGUGCCAGUCAUACUGAUCCUCACUAUGGGAAAGCUAGUGGAAUACUUGGUCUAGGCCCUUUAAAAAUAAUCUUUGGCAAACCAAAUAAGGUCAAAAUUCUCUCAUUGCAUCGGUAG